GUCAGUUAUGCCUAAAAUAUAGUUUUACAUCAGACAUUUUUAUCACCCCACGCAGAAAACCUAAUUUGAAAAAAAGCUUAUCUUGUAGUUUUUUAAAGACUAUGGUCGGAAUAUUCUGCGCUACUUCCACAGUAAUCGGCAAUCCUUGUUUUUUCUAGUUUUGGUUAUUGUUUUUUUGUUUUUGCGUUUGCGGCAAUAAUCUAAACUAUGCUUACAAAUCUGAUAGAACAAGAAAAAAGGCUCAGGAUUUUUUCACAAACUAUAUUUACCCUCUGGUGCUUGUUAUUACAGCAAGGGUUCGAAUAUUUUUUAUCAAUCUUGAAAUAUCGAGCUUUUACAAUGUAGCUUUGAUUAUUGGGAUUUUUCAGUAGCCUAAUAACUUCCCGCUUUGGAAUAUAAAUAACACUCAUGGAAAACGGUGGCAUUGCCGGAUAGCCUAAAAGAAAGUCCGUUCCCAGAUAGCCAUUACAGGUCGGGUUGUGCUUGGUCUCUAUUUAUGCGGCAAUGAAUUUUCGGUUGAAAGCUGUAAGCAUUAUAGAUUAGGGCGUUGCUGGUCAUGCAGUUUGUGUGUAGGGUUUGCAUUGCUGGUUUAAUUUUUCCGCUUUUGGUAAACAGCUUGAGUUUACAUAUUGUGAACUUUUUGGGUUAUCCGGGAACAAAAAGUCUUUUCGGCUCUCCGGCAAUGCGGCUCCCUGUGAAACACCUGAAUGAUUGAUACGCAGUUUGCUGAAUGAUUUUUGUGAUUGUGUCGCAGAGAACUUUGUGAUGGAGACUCUAAGACUGAGGUCUGUGUUCAGGACGCAAAGGGAAGCCAUAUCAGACACCACAAUCGGACCAGGCAUCAAAAUCAAAAAAGGUUAUGCAGUUGAAGUAGCAGUGAAUGUAAUUCAUCGGGAUCCAAAGAUUUGGGGAGAUCCGGAGACCUUCAGACCCAGUCGGUUCAACCCGGAGGAGGCCAAGACCCGCUCACCCUACGCUUUCAACGCAUUCGGAAUUGGACCGAGAAACUGCAUCGGAAUGCGACUGGCUCUGUUUGAAGUGAAAAUGGCAUUCGUCAAGAUCCUCUCUAGGUUUCAACUAUCGAUGGGGAAGGAUACCCCAACCGAAGUGACAGAGUUCAUGAAGUCUGGUUUCUAUGAUCCAGUGAAGCCACUGUUUCUUAAAGUAUCCAAACGGGAAUAAAAAGAUUGAAAACUGGUCAAAGAACUAAACAACUUAUUUAGACUAUAAUAGUUUCUAAUAUUUCUAUUUCCCCUUGAAUAUUUAAUGCUAGCUCAAUAA